AUGGUCGCGCGAAGCACUUAUUUCGAGAACAUCACCCUCCUGGUCAUCUUUCUGAAUGCUUUCUGGAUCUGGAUCGACACUGACUACAACACCGCAGUCACGCCUAACGAUACGGAGUUCGGGUUUGUGCUUGGGGAGAACCUCUUCUGUGUUUACUUUUUUAUGGAAUGGCUUAUCCGCUUCAUGUCGUUCAAAGUGAAACGAAACUGCUUCAGGGAUUCGUGGAUGGUCUUUGACUCCUGCCUCGUCGCCGCGAUGGUGUCGGAGACGUGGGUCAUGCCGAUCAUGGUGGCCCUGUUCUUCCCUGCGACAAACGGCACGGACAUGGGAGAUGCUUCGAUCUUGCGCAUGAUGAGGCUGCUGAGGCUCACGCGCAUGGCGCGCAUGGUGCGCCUCCUGCGAGCGGUGCCCGAGCUCAUGACGAUGGUCCGCGGCGUCGUGGCGUCCGCUCGCUCGGUCUUCCUGGCGGGCAUCCUGCUCGUGGCCCUCAUGUUCGUGUUCGGCAUCGCCAUGCGGCAGCUCAGCGCCGGGUCGGGGCUUGGAGACGAGCUCUUCCCGUCCGUGCCGGAGGCGAUGAUCACGCUGCUGAUCGACGGCGUGUUCCUCGACGAGUUCGGCUUUGUCCUCCGCGCGGUAGGGGCACAGAGCUACCUCACCGCGUUCGUGUUCAUGUGCUUCAUUUGCCUGGCGGCGCUCACUGUGAUGAACAUGUUGAUUGGAGUCGUAUGCGAACUCGUAAGCGCUGUUGCAGCAAGAGAGAAGGAAGAGCGAACGAUCAACAUGGUAAAAGAGAAGGUCUCGGCAGUCAUGAAGAGGGUGGACGAUGACGGGGAUGGCUUGAUUUCAAAGGGCGAGUUCCUCAAGAUGGUUCAGGAGGCAGAUUGCGUCGACGCGCUAACGUCGGUCGGCGUAGACGUUCCGGGGCUCAUGGACAUAAUGGAUAUGAUAUUUCUACAUGGUGACGCAAUACAGACGGACUCGGAUGGGGAGCCUGUGCUCACCUACGAUGUCUUCAUCGAGACGGUUUACAACCUCCGGGGAUCCAACGGCGCCUCUGUGAAAGACGUCGUGGACCUGCGCAAGUUUGUCCACCAGGGAUUCGGGAGACUGGAAGAGAUGGUCAGACCAUUUCUGUCCGCCCUCUGGCCGACGUCAGAGAAUGGCAAGCUCGAGCUCGCGGAGGACGCGAGCACCGAUGCCCGACUCCGUCGUCUGGAGGGCAAGGUGAGCCGCAUAUUGGAGUUGCUGGAGAGUCAGCAGAUGGUGGGCACCACGCGCACGAGGCUGUGA